GCCCCGGUCUUGUGACCCAACGAAACCCAACCAGGCCACCGCCUUUGUUCACGUUCUCCUCGACAGAAGAUUCUUCGGUUUAAAUUCUUUCUUCUUGCGUUUAUUAGACUGUCUUCAGACAAACCGUGCUAUAGGACAAUAGACAAAUUUCGCUUUACCUGAGCGCGAUACAUUUGAAGACGACCCCAACAGCUUUCUGUUGCGCCUUUCCGAAGUCAUAAGCAUUUGUGUUCAGCAUCACAUCGCAAAAGCAGGAGUACCUUUUUCGAUUUCGCUCUUGAGCCUCGACAAGACCCUGUUCAUUUCAUCACUUGCUACUGGACGAGUGUGCGUAUCCGAAGUAAGGACUCUCAGAUAAAACCAUAUCAAGAUGACUGACGUCGGUAGACCAUGAUGGCUGUACAACCAACUCAUGACGAGCUUGCCGCUCUGUUCUCACGGAACCUGACCUUCAACCCUGAUUCUCGAACUGCUCAGGAUGUCCCACGGCACAUGGACCCCAUCGCGGCGCCCUCAUCGACGCAGCACAUUGUUUAUUCUAUUUCACAGCAUUACCAUCAUUCAACGCCCUUGUCUCCGCCAGAAAUGCCCGAGAGACGAUCAUCAGAACCCGGACCGGGUGACAACCUUUCUUCAGAGACCAUGCUUCGCAUCCAUGGCAUCAACCCCAGCACACUGACGCCAUCACAAAUUCAGCUCUUCCGGGUUGCUGACAAGCCUCAGCAGCGACGGCUGCUUGAGCUAUGGAGCAUCUGCCCUCCUAACGGUGGCGGUGAUAUCCCAGCCCUCGCAUGGAGCAGCACAACCGUGGAACAGGAGGAGCAGCUGGCCCAGGCCCGAUAUGAACGGCAGCAGCAGGAGCAGGGGAUGAGCCUCGAUGGCACCGUGGUCCAAAAUCCGAACGGGCAAUGGCAGCAACAGCAAGACUGCGAGCCGUACAUGACCUCAGGGUACGAGGAACUCAUGCGACGCGAGCGGGAGAAGCAACAAGCCUCCCAGGCAUACACCCCUGCAACGGACCCCGUCUAUAUGGGCUCGGACUAUGCUAGAGAGCAGCAGCAGAUGCAGAUGGCAUCUCAGUACGGGGCCUUUGAGCACUUCCGCGGCACACCAAUGGACGCCAUGGAUGUGAUGUGAGGACUGCAGUAACCUUUCAUGACUUGAUAAUUGAAUUGCUGAAAUCAGAGUCGGCCAGCGACGAGGGUUUCUGACGAGCAAGAGCAUUGUAACGGGCGUUGAAGAGCAGAAUA